AUGUCGACGAUGAACACUCAAACGCUAAUUUUGAACUCAACUUCACCUCUAACUUCUUUGUCACUAACAAGAAUCAUCACAAUCUAUGCUCCAAAUUCAGUUAAUAAAGUUGUUGGAGUUGGAACAAGAAGAAGAAGAAAAUGGAAUAUGGCAGUUAGUAAACCAGUUACAACUACCACGCGUUUCGAUGAUAACAACGUUGUAGAUUCAGCUUCAACAGUGUUGAGAAAUUUCUAUGAAGGAAUCAAUAGACAUGAUGUGGAUUCUGUACAGUUUCUUAUAUCUGAAAAUUGUGUGUACGAGGAUCUUGUCUUUCCUAGUCCCUUUGUCGGUCGUAAGAAAAUUAUAGAGUUCUUCAAGAAGUUUACUGAAUCUACAAGCAUAGAUCUGCAGUUUGUUAUUGAUGAUUUGUCUACGGAGGAUUCAUCAUCCGUUGGAGUGAUUUGGCAUUUAGAAUGGAAAGGAAAACCUUUUCCGUUUAGCAAAGGAUGCAGUUUUUAUCGUUUGGAGGUGAUUAAUGGCAAGAGACAGAUAACAUACGGGCGAGACAGUGUUGAACCCGCAAUCAAGCCAGGGGAUGCAACAUUGGUACUGAUAAAGGGUGUGACAUGGCUUCUUCAACGAUUUCCUCAGUUGGCAGACCGAUUCUAG